AUGACUGAUUGCCAAAUGGUUUCCUCAGAUUUUACAGCAGAAGAGAAGAUGGAGAUUGAGACCAUUAAGACGUAUAAGGAAGAUCUUCUGGAUGAUAUUCAGAAGUUAAAGAUGGAGAUAGACAACAUCAUGGCAGGUAUACUCAGCUUUGAGUCUGGAGAUGAAAACAAGACCAUGGAGAAGAGCAAACAGUUCUCAAAUGGAAAGAAAAAAUUCAACAUGGACCCCAAAAAGGGCAUCAAUUACCUGGUGGAGAACAAGCUGUUGGAACAUGGUGCUCAAUCCUUCGCUGAGUUCCUCUACAAGGAGGAGGGUCUCAACAAGACAGCCAUUGGAGAAUUCCUUGGAGAAAGGGAGGAGCUCCACCUCCAGACCCUCAAGGCCUUUGUGGAGCUGCACGAAUUCUCCGACCUCAAUCUGGUGCAGGCCCUCAGACAGUUCCUGUGGAGUUUCCGUCUGCCUGGUGAAGCCCAGAAGAUCGACCGUAUGAUGGAGGCCUUCGCUACGCGCUACUGCGACUGCAACAUUCAGGUCUUCCAGUCCACAGACACAUGCUACAUCCUGUCCUUUGCCAUCAUCAUGCUCAACACAAGCCUCCACAACCCCAGCGUGAAGGAAAAGACCCCCCUGGAGCGCUUCAUCUCCAUGAACAGAGGCAUCAACAACGGGGGGGAUCUACCCAAUGACCUGCUCGCGAAACUGUACGAGAGCAUUCGCAACGAGCCUUUCAAAAUCCCAGAGGAUGAUGGGAAUGAUCUGACUCACACCUUCUUCAACCCUGACAGAGAAGGCUGGCUCCUUAAACUCGGAGGUCGGGUAAAGACGUGGAAGAGGCGAUGGUUCAUCCUGACAGACAACUGUUUCUACUACUUUGAGUUCACCACUGAUAAAGAGCCCAGAGGCAUCAUCCCUCUGGAGAACCUUUGUGUAAGGGAAGUGCCGUAUCCUCGCAAACCGUACUGUCUGGAGCUGUACAACCCCAACAGUCGAGGGCAGAAGAUCAAGGCGUGCAAAACAGAGACGGACGGCCGAGUGGUGGUGGGGAAGCACCAAUCGUACACCAUCUGUGCCGCCAGCGCAGAGGAGAGGGACUCCUGGAUCGAGGCCAUCAGGGCGAGCAUCACCAAGGAUCCGUUCUACGACUUGGUCUCAGUCCGUAAGAAGAAAGUGAUAAACCAGGCUGCUCAGGACUGAGCGCCCGCCCCCCCCCCCCUGCAUGGACUUUAAAGGAGAGGUGUCAUGGCCAUUUCCACU